AUGAAUUCUGGUCAAAAUCAAACGCUUUUCCUAUGUACGGUCUCUGAAUGUAAUAGGGAAUCGUGUGCGUUGUGUCGUUGUUGUGAAGAAAAUUAUUGUCUUCAACAUUUAAUUGCACAUACUGGGUCACGAAAACGAGCAUUGAAUUGUUUGAAUGAUGAAAUUAACAAACUUGAUCAACAAAUUAAAAUAUUAAAUAUUCAACCGGCCAUUGAAAACUGUCGUCAAAAAUUUGAACAAUGGCGUGUGGAAUGUCAUAAUCGGAUUGAUAAAUAUUUCGAACGAAAAAUUUUUCAAUUUCAUCGAUUUAUCGACGAGAAAAUUGAUGAUCAACGAACAGAAAUCCAUCGUUUACAAUCGGAAGUAGAUGAGCUUAUUAAUAGACACGAACUCAAUGAUCAAGAUUUUAACUCAUUAAGAUCGAUUAUCAAUGAUGUUGGAAUAGAAAUAGACUAUGUCAAAAAAAUCUAUGAUCAAGUUAAUAUUGAUCCAUUACCAAUCGAUGAUAAUCUAAUUUCGAUUAAUAAACCGAACAAUUUUAAGUUAAAUCCAUCCAGUUUAUCAAUUAUUGAUGCAGCAAUCAAUCAUCCUCAAGGAAGUUAUGGGGCAUUAGCCGGCAAUGAAAAAUGUCUAUUGGUACAUUUAACACCAAACUUGAUUUUAAUGGAUAAACGAAUGAAUACAAUUCAACAAAUUGCAUGGCCUUAUGGUGUCAUUUCGAGUAUCUGUUGGUCAUCAACAAAAAAGCGAUUUGUUGUUAUUGGAAAAAGUAGCAUCUAUCUUGUUGAUGGUCGAAAUAUGUCAAUUGAAAGUUUAAAAAUGAUGGAGAAGCGAAAAUGGUUUUCAUGUGCAUGUUCUGAUACAUCUCUUUUUCUAUCAAUAGAUGAGAUAAAUCCGUCGAUUGUGGAAUUUCAUCUUUUACCUUCAAUUAGAAUGGUUAACCAAUGGAAAUCUCCGUAUCUAUGUGCGAAAGAUGAAUGCAUUGAUCAUAUUUCGUACAAUAAUUCAACACUUGUUUUGAUGAUUUCGAAUAACGUUGACAGAUCUGUACGCAUGGAACUAAGAUUAUCGAAGACACUUGAACUUAUCUGGUCACUUAAAUUUGAUAUUAUACGUCAGCAAAGGAAAGCAUUUCGUUGUUGCUCGAUCAAUUCAAAUGAAUGGUUAGUAGCUGAUUAUCAAAAUCGUCGUUUAUUACACGUCGAAAAAGAUGGAAAGGUGAAAACAAUUAUUCCAUACGAUUUAAUUCCUUGUCAUGUUGUUCUAUUCGGCUCAAAUCUAUUAGCUGUAUCAAGAAAAAAUGGCAUCAAUUUUCAUAGACUAUAA